AUGGAUCGUCGCCGGAGGCUUCGGACGGUGGAUCGUUGCCGGAGGAACCGGACCGCGGAGACGCCUACGGACGGUCCAGAGGUGGGCCACAGUUCCUUCCACCAGCAAUACUGGCUGGACGGCCGCAUUGUGGCAGUUGGGGUGGUGGACAUCCUGCCCACUUGUGUGUCCUCCGUCUACCUGUACUACCACCCCGACUUCACCUCUCUAUCGCUGGGUUCCUACUCUGCACUCAAGGAGGUCACCUUCACCGGGCAUCUCCAGAAAGUGUCCCCCAAGCUGUGCUACUACUACCUGAGCUUCUAUAUCCACUCCUGCCCCAAGAUGCGAUACAAGGGGCAGUACCAGCCUUCAGACCUCCUGUGCCCAGAGACGUAUGUCUUUGUGCCCAUAGAGAGCUGCAUCCCAAGCCUGGAGCAGACCCACUACGCCCGCUUCAACCAGGAACCUGACGCAGGUAAUGAACACAGCUCCCUACUGUACACUAGGAACACUACCCUACAGCAAUCAGCACACUGA